AUGAUAAAAACUGACAAAGCUAAAUUAAUGCAUUGCCUGGAGGACAAAUCGCACCUGGCCCAGAGACCCACUGUGGGAUUUCAAUGCUACAUAGUAGACGGAAAUGCUUUGCUGCAAGCAAUGGUUUCUCUUCCGAGCACGUUCGGAGAGCUAGCUGAGUACGUUUUUCAGCAACUACCCAGAGCACAACGCGUUGACUUUGUAACAGACUCUUAUCAUCCCCUUUCGAUAAAAGGAUUAGAACGAUCAAGAAGAGGUUCUUCACAAGCACAUCUAGUGAAAGGACCUUCCACUAAAGUUCCUCGUGAUUGGAAAAAGUUCUUGUGUAAUGAAGAAAACAAAAGGCGCUUGUGCAGCUUCCUCUUAGAUGAGUGGAAAAAGGGAAAAUAUGCUCCAAAGCUGCAGGGAAAGCAUUUAGUUUUCGUUAAUGAGAGGAAAUGCAUCAGCUUAAAAAGUGUCGAUGGAAAGAAUGUAGUUACAGAGGAAGUUGAGAAGUUGUGCUCUUCACACGAGGAGGCCGAUACCAGAAUGAUCUUGCACUAUAACAAUGUUGCUGCCAACUCACCAGAAAGCUCGGUUAUACUAGUGAGAUCCCCUGAUACCGACGUGUUCAUUUUACUUCUCAGAUUUGUACGUCAUAUAAACCAGACAGUGCUGUUUGACACUGGAACGUGUGACAAGGGCCGACUUGUAAAUGUUCAAGCUGUUGCUAAAGAUCUCGGAGAUGAGAUUAACCUGGCUCUUGUAGCUCUGCACGCAUUUACUGGUUGCGAUACGACCAGUGCUUUUGUGAGAAGAGGGAAAGUGAAGCCGCUCACACUCCUCAAAAAACAUCCUGAGUUUCUUCCAACGUUUCAUGCUCUAGGAUCGAGAGUUGACAUAGAAGACAGAGUAUUUAAAGAUCUUGAAAAGUUCACAUGUCUGAUGUACGGAAGCAAGUUGGGUGACAUCAACUCUCUCAGAUACGAAAAAUUUAUUAAGAGAUUCAGUGCAAAGCCAGGAGAGGUACUGACGAGCUACAAUGGUGUUGAUAUGAGCCUUCUUCCACCUUGCCGAGAAAGUCUGAAAAUGCAUGUGAGAAGAGCAAAUUAUCAAGCGCUCAUAUGGAAGAAAGCUGAUCAGGCAACACCAAGUAUCCCGGGACCAGAAGGGCAUGGCUGGAACACUAACGUCGAAGGUGAGCUUGAAAUCUGCUGGACGAACGGCAAUCUCAUGCCUCAGGAACUCGCAGACAUCAUAACCGGCCCUUUGAAUCCAUCUUCUGAGGAUGAAGAAGAUGCUACUGUCGAUUACGAAGAUAUUAGCGAUGUUGUUUUUGAAAAUGACUUUUGA